CUUCUUCAAGAAAGAACAAGACAAACACCCUCAACCACUUCAUCUUGUUGAUGUUACUAUCUUAUGUCCCAUUGACUAGUAUAUUAAAGUCUACACAUUUCCACCCAUCUUCCUUUCCUUCAAAUAUCCUAUAAAUAUAUAUAUAAUUCUUAUCCACCAUAUGUUAAAAAAAAAUUAAUGCUCCAACCCCAUACUCAUUCAUAUAUGCAUCUUAUAGAACCACAAUUUAUUCAAUACCAACCAUCUUUAAUCCUCUUUCUUUCCGACCACCAUGGACCACCCAGACUCCCCAGGAGGUGGCUCUCGACCGCCUCGAAAAGAGCUCCAAGGCCCUAGGCCGGCACCCUUAAAAGUAAGAAAAGAGUCACACAAGAUCAGAAAACCACCCGUUGCUCCCUCGGCUUUUCCUCCACAACACCAGCAACUACCACCUCAGCCGCCGCGACAACCGGUGAUCAUAUAUACUGUGUCUCCUAAGGUAAUCCAUACACACCCUAAUGAAUUCAUGACACUUGUCCAACGACUAACGGGGCCAGAUUAUGCCACGACGUCGUCAACAUCAUCAUCAUCAUCCUCUUAUUCACAACAUCAUCAUCAUCAUCUUCCUCCUCCUUCACAUAAUGCUUCAAGUAGUAGUAUUUUAGCUGGUUUUUCUUCUUCUUCUACAACUCAUCAUACUAUGGCUCAUCAUAUAAGUGGAAGCAUUUCGCCAGCAGCUAGGUUUGCAAGCAUUGAAAAGACGAAAAUGCACUCGGGGUCUAAGAAGUUUGGUGGUCCAAUAAGUGAGUUUAAACAUGAAGAUAUAAUAAAUAUUGAUGUAGAUGAUAUCGGAGGUGGCGGCGGCGGCGGCAAUGGUAAUGGUGGAGUAGAAGGGGUAGAAAGAACCAUGGUUUUUCCAGGGAUAUUAUCACCUGGACCGGGUUCACUACCCCCAAUUUCACCAAAUUUGUUUUCUCCAUUUUUUCAUGAUCCAAAUAAUACUAAUAGUACCUUAAACCUGCAACAUGACUUGAAUGUUGUUCAACAUGGAAAUAGGAGUUUCAUAGAAGGAAGUUACUUGCCUAGUCCUUUUUCUACCAAUUUUACUUCUCCUAGCACUAUUAUCUCCCCUUCUUCUUUAGAUUUUUUACAGCGCGUUUUAAAUAGUUGAAUACUAUAUAAAGGGGAAACAAGGUUAUACUUAUACAUAUAUGUAUUUCGUUAAAUUUCAUUUUUCAAUUAUUAGAUUGUUAUAGUUUGAUUUGAUUCUUAAAAUUGAAUUAUUGUUACAUUCA